AUGGAAGAGGGCCGCCGCCUCCGCCCGUGGCAAGGACCCGCGCGUCGUCGCGGCCGCGGGGGCGAGGACCGGCUCAGCGCCCUCCCCGACGCGCUCCUCCUCCUCGUGCUCGCGAGCCUCGGAUCCACGGCCGAGGCUGCGCGCACAAGCGCCGUCGCCCGGCGGUGGCGCCCGCUCUGGACCGAGCUCGACGUGCUGGUGUUCCGCCGCGUCAACCCGGACACGCUCGCCGGCCUGCUCGCCAGGGCCAGGCACCCCAACCUCCGCCGCCUCGAGAUCGACAUCUCCAGGCUGAACCGGCCGCUCCCGGCCUCGCAGCUGUCCUCGCUGCUCCGCGCCGCCGAGGAGCACAACCCGGAGGUGCUCGUCUUCAAGGUGACCGGCUUGGACCACUACCUCGGCGGCGUCCCCUUCCAGCUGUUCUGCUUCGCGAGGGCCACCUCCAUCCACCUCCGGAUCUGGAACCGCAGCUUCGCCCUGCCCCCCGCCGGCACCUUCGCCAGGCUCGAGCGCCUCGCCCUCUCGCUCUGCUGCGUCGACCCCGCCGAGUUCCUCCCCCGCUGCCCGCGCCUGCACGUCCUCCACAUGGACUGCUUCUGGAUGCAGCACGCCGUCGAGGUCCACUCGCCGUCUCUCCAGGAGCUCGCGCUCAACGGCAUGCCCCACCGCGACGACGCCGACGGCGACGCCGCGCCGCGGCGCGUCGACAUCGCCGCCCCCAUGCUCAGGGAGUUCAGGCUGCGGACCUACGGGGGCGUGGAAAUGAUGGCGUCCUUCUCGGCGCCGGCGCCCAUGGUGGAGACGCUCUCCUUCAUUCACGCUAGUUAUGAUGGUGCUAGCCGGAGCUUUGCGGAAGAAAUAGCAGGCCUUCCAGUGAGCAACUUCUCAGUCUUUAAGCUGGAAAUCCGAUCCAUGUGGCAUGACUUUGGGGCAGUUGUCUUUGAUUCGCUCAAGGCAGUGAAGAAUGCAAUACAGAGGCUUGAGUUGGUUCUACCUCAGACCAUGCCCGUCACCUACCUCCCGCUCGCGCCCACGCCACCCUGCCACCCCUGCUCGCGCCCACGCCAACGCCUCCGGCCAAGCUCGCGCUCGCGCCCGCGCUCCCCCGUGCCCACGCUCGCUCCCCGAUGCCACGCUCGCCGCGCCCACACGCCCGCGGGCUCGCCACCCCGCCUCCCGCACUCGGCCCGCGCACAAACGGCCACGCCCGCCGACACCGACGCCGACGCCCGCGCCCAUGCUGGACACGCCGUCGCCGACGCCACCCCGAGCUCGCCGGCGCACGGGCGGGGUUGCGACGCCACCUCCGUUACCCUGCACGUCGCCAUGGCUGCCGGAUAA